GCCGCUGGGUGGAGGGCGCGGGCAGGGCGCCGAAGAGAAAGGUGGUCGCCUUGGUGACCUGGCCCUCUGUGAGCAGCUGCGGGCAGGCCAAGUCCAAGUGCCGACAGAAUGUCCCUGGCUGCUUAUUGUGUCAUCUGUUGUAGAAGAAUAGGAACCUCAAAUCCUCCUCCAAAAAGCAACACGUACUGGAAGGAUAUCAGAAAUAUAAUAAAGUUUACUGGAUCACUUAUUUUAGGAGGCUCUUUAUUUCUUACAUACGAAGUUCUGGCCCUGAAGAAGUCUUUGACGUUAGAUUCUCAAGUGGUAGAAAGAGAGAAAAUGAAGUCAUAUAUAUAUGUGCCCACAGUUUCUUUAGAUAAAAGAGAAAAUUAUGGACUCACCUACCAGGCAAGAAAAGAGCUUCACAAAGCAGUAAGAAAAGUAUUGGCCAUCUCAGCCAAGAUAUUACGGGGUCCGUUUGCUGACACUUUCAGUACAGUUGACGUAGAGGACCACGAGUGUGCCUCGUGGCUGCUCCUGCGCAGGAGUAAGUCGGACGACCCGUCAGCCCGAUGGCAGGCCGUGCAGGAAAUGUCGCAGGCCCACCACUGGCAUGAUUACCAGUAUCGGACGGUCGCCCAGGCCUGCGACCUGAGAACACUCAUCGGGCUGGCACGAAGCAGAGAGAGCGACCUUCGCUUCUUUCUCCCUCCGCCUCCUUUACCAUCUUUAAAAGAAGAUUCUUCCAUCGAGGAGGAACUCAGAUGGUUGCUGGCUUCUUUACCCCAAACAGAUCUGGAUGAGUGUAUCCAGUAUUUUACGUCUUUGGCUCUGAGCGAAAGCAGUCAGAGCCUGGCGGCGCAGAAGGGUGGCUUAUGGUGUUUUGGAGGAAAUGGACUUCCUUAUGCGGAGAGCUUUGGAGAAGUUCCUUCAGCGACAGUGGAAAUGUUCUGUUUAGAAGCUUUAGUAAGACAUUCUGAGAUACCCACACACUGUGAUAAAAUCGAAGCAUAUGGAGGCUUGCAACUGCUUCAGAGGCUGUACCGCCUCCACGAGGACUACCCCAACGUGCAGAGGAACAUCAUGCGCAUCAUCGGCAACAUGGCUUUGAAUGAACAUCUUCAUCCGGCUAUAGUUCGCUCAGGCUGGGUCUCCAUCCUGGCAGACGCAGUGAAGUCUCCGCACAUCAUGGUGGCCUCGCAUGCCGCCAGGACCCUGGCAAAUCUGGACCGAGACGCGGUGCGGGAGAAAUACCAGGAUGGCGUGUACGUGCUCCACCCCCAGUGUCGCACCAGUCAGCCCAUUAAAGCAGAUGUCCUUUUUAUUCACGGCCUUAUGGGAGCAGCAUUCAAAACGUGGCGCCAGCAGGACAGUGACGAGGUGCUCACGGAAAAGGUUUCGGAGGAUGAGCGCAGGCACACCACGUGCUGGCCCAAGUCGUGGUUGGCAGGAGACUGUCCUGCCCUCCGAAUCAUAUCUGUGGAGUACGACACCAGCCUUAGCGACUGGAGAGCCCGGUGCCCCGUGGAAAGAAAGUCCAUUGCAUUCAGGAGCACGGAACUUCUUAGGAAGCUCAGAGCGGCUGGCGUUGGGGACAGGCCGAUGAUUUGGGUGUCACACAGCAUGGGAGGUCUUCUUGUCAAAAAGAUGCUGCUGGAAGCCUCCCAGAAGCCAGAAAUGAGUCCUGUGGUGAACAACACCCGAGGGAUCAUCUUCUACAGCGUCCCUCACCACGGGUCCCACCUGGCGGAGUACUCCGUGAACGUCCGCUACCUCCUCUUCCCCUCUCUGGAAGUCAAAGAGCUCAGCAAGGAUUCUCCUGCACUUAAAGCACUACAGGACGACUUUCUGAAGUUUGCCAAAGACAAGAACUUCCAGGUGCUGAAUUUCGUCGAAACUCUGCCAACCUCCAUUGGCAGCAUGAUCAAACUCCAGGUGGUGCCCGUGGAGUCGGCAGAUUUAGGCUUGGGAGAGCUGAUCCCUGUGGAUGUCAACCAUCUGAACAUUUGUAAGCCACAGAGAAAGGAUGCUUUUUUGUACCAGCGUACCUUACAGUUCAUCCGUGAAACUUUAGCCAAAGACCUUGAAAACUGACCACUGCCCUCCAUUUUUCACGUGAACACAGUGCAGGAAACUUGGUCUUCUCGUUCUUUCUCUAAGCGACCGUGCACACUAGUCACCCUGGCACCUGUGUGGCGGUCUGGAGUACAUGGUGGGCAAGCAGACACUCUGCAAAGCUCAGACGCAGGGC